ACGCUUGGUUGGGGUCAGUGAACAGAAGCAGAUGAUGUCCAGGAUCGUCACCUCGGCAAUGUAGCACUCUACCAUUGAGUACUGAUUUUACAUCCCAAAGCGGCCCGAACACUGACAUGUUGGCUCUACAGCUGAUGCGUAUAUAUGUGACACGAUUUGACACGGAGUGGGUGAAAGAAUCGAAAUACCAGAGAGGCAGCGAUCAUGAAUUAACUAAGAAGAACAACAGUGGCGUCGACACUUGUGGAUAUUCAAGUCAGUACUGAGCAAAACGUCACUAAAACUUGGAACGCCUGGGAGACCAGCUAUUAGACAGAGCCCGCUCCAGGACGCUAAGCUACAGUUACCAGUGGGAUUAAACAUAAAACCCACAGAAGCACUGGGAACUACGCAAGGCAAACGCGUUAAAGGGUAGUCGUCACGUACUAAAACAACCAUAUAUAACCAGGCAGUUACCCUAAAACACGGAGCUUGACGUGUACGCUAGCAGCACAAUGCUAAAUACGACCCUAAGCUAAGCUAGUCAAGUUAGCCGGCUUGAGUCACGGAUGUUAACAGAAAAACUGCUCGAAAUGGUUUGUAAUUACUUUGCAACAUAAAACCACCAUUAACUAUAACAUUGGCCACUUUUAUCUCGUGGUUGUCAUGAAUACAGCAUCAAAGUAAUGAUAAUAAAUUACCUGUACUUUUCUCCGCCCAGCCGCAUUUUGCCUGUGAUGCGUGGCCAUCUUGCAUGUUGACAGUCCCUUUCUUCUUCUUCACCGUUUUACGAAGGUUGGAUUUAAGCACUUCUCUUUUGUUCAAACUACCGCCAUCUAUUGGACAAUACUUGCGUCCCUCGCAACUGCGGCGUAAUACGAGCUUUUGCCAAUAUAUUUGAGAAACGGACGCUGUUUAAGGUUUUUAGAGGAAAUGUAAAUUGAAAACCAAAGCUAAUACAUUUAGUUGAUUUAACUAUGGCUACAUUAGGGAGCUAAAGAGCCCUUUACAUCUGUUACAAAACUAUUAGUUAUUUUAUAUUUUAUAAAUAUUAUAUAUAUUUUAUAUAUUUUUUGUGAAAGAAUGGACAACUAUGGCUUUGGGAGACCCGAGCGCAGAUGCCACAUGAUUAUUCAAAAUAAAAAACAACACACGGGGAAAAGUGUUGCAAGCAUUUUAUUAAACAUCAAGUCUCUUAUUUCUAUUCAGAUGAUUUGCUGUUAACCUCCUUAUGCACUUUCUCGCUUGUCCACUCACUGAUCUACCUACAUAACAUCCAUUUUGUUCACCAUGUUUCCAACGUCUACGCUAUUAAAAUAAAAUAAAAUAAAGGUAGGUUGAUAGACUUCAAAAAACAACAUGAUAUACAUAACUGUUCACAUAUACAUUGUUUUCAAUUCAUCACUUUUGACAAUAUAAUGCUAAUAUUUUUGACUAAACUGAAUGGAGGAGGUCGGGUAAUAAUGCUUCUUUCUGAAUUUCUUACGCGAAAAUGAUAUCUAUGUCUGUUUUAUUCUUAAAUUAACAUUCAAUUUGACUUGCGCUUCACUAAAAUGCUUUGAUGGCCACAAGAUGUCGCCAUACAAAAACUCUCAGAUCCGGUCAAUCUCGCACAUAUGUUCAAAACUGCUUUAUUGCGCCACAAAUCUACAACUACAGUCUUCACAACCACCUUAACCAUUAUAGCUGUAGCCAAUAACAAGUAUGUAAAAGUACUUUUUUAGCGUUUCAGUGGAGCUGUUGAAACAGAUUCCGUGCUUCCCAUUCUCAGUAGAAUGAGCUGUUUAUGCCACAACAGCAGUUGUUUGUUUAAUCUAGGUCACAGUUGCAGAGUGUUUGGAGAAUUGGAAGUCAGCCACUUCUCUCGGCAUAUUUCUCUGUCAAUCUGAGAGUGACAUGGUCGUCCAUCGCAGCAGUAAUCCUCUGUGGUCCAGCAGCUUCCUCCCGCCUCCCUCCUCCCUGCAGCAUCCUCUCCUCCCCCCAAACACCUCUGCACCGAGGGAUGAGUCCGGAAGAGACACUCAAAUGGACAGAAAGAAGAAAACUUAUAUGGACUGGGCUUCAAAAAUGUCCAAAACAAAGUUAAUAGACAGCUGGCAUUUUUCUAGAAGUUCCUUUUGAACGGAGAAGCUUUUUUUUUUCCUACUUUAUAUUGGAGCUUUAGUUGGCGGAAACUUGGAAUAAAUCAAAGGAAAAUGGAUUUUGUGCACACGUUUCAGCAAUUCUUUCAGCUGAAACCUGAAGAAUUUGACACAGAGAAACCAUGCCGUGAAUCUUAUUCGUAUCUGUAAGUAAAUUUCAGUCCAGGUGUAUCAGGAUGAAAAGAUGGCAGCCUUGCUUUUACCAACCGGUCCUGAUGGCUUGCGGCGGUUCACUCGCGAAUCCUUGGCUGCCCUGGAGCAGCGGAUUGCGGAGGAGCAGGCCGAGAAAGCCAAGGAUUGCAAUGACGCCCAGAAGAAAGCCGAGCCUCCUAAACCCCGGCCCGACCUGGAGGCUGGGAAGCAGCUGCCCCGCAUCUACGGUGACAUCCCAGCAGAGCUCAUCGGUGUGCCGCUGGAGGACAUUGACCCCUUUUACGCCAAGACGCAAAAGACUUUUAUAGUACUAAACAAAGGGAAGGCCAUCUUCAGAUUCAGCGCCACGUCUGCACUUUACAUUAUUAGUCCAUUUCAUGUCAUAAGAUCAAUUGCCAUUAAAGUUUUAGUCCAUUCAUUGUUCAGCUUGUUCAUCAUGUUCACAAUUCUGACCAAUUGCUUCUUCAUGGCCAUGUCCGACCCGCCAACGUGGACCAAGUAUCUAGAGUAUACUUUCACCGGGAUCUACACUUUUGAGUCAGCAAUAAAGAUAUUAGCACGAGGAUUCUGCAUAGAUUCCUUUACCUUCUUAAGAGAUCCAUGGAACUGGCUGGACUUCACCGUCAUCGUCAUGGCAUAUGUCACUGAAUUUGUAGACCUUGGAAAUGUCUCCGCUCUCAGGACGUUCAGAGUUCUGCGUGCCCUAAAAACCAUCUCAGUCAUCCCAGGUCUGAAGACUAUCGUCGGUGCCCUGAUUCAGUCGGUGAAGAAGCUGGCCGACGUGAUGAUCCUGACUGUCUUCUGUCUCAGCGUGUUCGCCCUUAUCGGCCUGCAGCUCUUCAUGGGCCUCUUACGGCAAAAAUGUGUUCGCAGCAUUGCACACUGCGUGAACUCCUCAUAUGUCCCAAACUCCACGUUCAUCUGCAACAACAGGAGCUGGAGCUCUCCAGCAGAAUUUCUCAGCAGUGAAGAUAACUUCUACAAAAUCGAAGGAGCAAAGGAUGCCUUAAUAUGUGGAUAUGGAAGCGACGCAGGGAAAUGCCCAGACGGAUUUGACUGUCUAAAAGUAGGAAGAAAUCCAAACUACGGCUACACCAGUUUUGAUACUUUCGGCUGGGCUUUUCUCGCUCUGUUCCGACUCAUGACCCAGGACUACUGGGAGAAGCUGUUCCACCAGACGCUGAGAUCAGCAGGGAAGACGUACAUGAUCUUCUUUGUGCUGGUCAUCUUCCUGGGAUCAUUCUACCUGGUCAACCUGAUCCUGGCUGUGGUAGCUAUGGCCUACGAGGAGCAGAACCAAGCAACCAUUGCAGAAGCUUGGCAGAAGGAGCGGGAAUUCCAGCUAGCUAUGGAGCACCUGAGAAGAGAACAGAGAUUGGCGAAAAGGCAAGCUCAGGAGGCGGACUCUGUGUUGUCCCCGGAGAUAUCACCUUUUUGUCAGAAGAUGGGAAGCAUUCGGCGGAGCAGCAGUCGAAGGAGGCGAUCUCACAGGACGCUGUCAGAGGCGACCGCUGAAGAAGCUGAUGAAGAUAUUGACCCUCUAGAUGAGCCGAUGCCUCCUCUGUCACCCAUGCCUGCCCACCCUCUGCUGGCCACGCUCUCUUCUCACCCGCUCAGCACCAGGAGAGGAAGCCAGAACAGCAUCUUUAGCGCCUUCCGGGUGCGGAACAACUCUGAGGCUGACUUCGCCGAUGAUGAAAACAGUAUCCACGGAGACGCGUUCAGAAGUCGGGCCAGUUCCACAGCCACGCCCUGGAAGAGGAGGACUGGAAGUGUGAGGAGCCACUGCUCCCAGGUCUUCAACCCCAGCGUCACCCUCAACGGCCGACUCAGCAUCGCGCUUGACCAAAAUGGAAUCACAGCUUUUGGCCUCCACACUCCAUCAUCCGUGCCUGGCUACAGCAUGGAGAGGAUCAAGGAGGACACGAAGUCCACCCAUGCUGAGGAGUCUGCUGCCAGAAGUCUCCUUCAACCCUCCCCAGUCCGAGUCGAGUCUGCAAUUGUCCACAGAAAGAGAGGCCUGAGCUCAGUCAGCUUCUUUAGCGACGCCAUGGACGAGCUGGAGGAGUCUCGACAAAAGUGUCACCCUUGCUGGUACACUUUUGCAAAGAAGUACCUGAUAUGGGGCUGCUCCCCACUGUGGCUCAGGUUAAAGGAACUGGUCAAGUGCAUGGUUAUGGAUCCGUUCUUGGACUUGGGCAUCACUAUCUGCAUUGUGCUGAACACCCUUUUCAUGGCCCUUGAGCACUACCCGAUGACUGAGGAAUUUAACACCAUGCUCUCUGUGGGCAAUCUGGUGUUCACUGGUAUUUUCACUGCUGAAAUGGUCUUGAAGCUCAUUGCUUUGGACCCGUACUACUACUUCCAACAGGGCUGGAACAUCUUUGAUGGAAUCAUCGUCUGUCUGAGUCUGAUGGAGCUAGGUCUUUCUAACGUUGAGGGCCUCUCCGUCCUUCGCUCCUUUAGACUGCUGCGAGUCUUCAAACUGGCAAAGUCUUGGCCGACUCUCAACACGCUCAUCAAAAUCAUUGGGAACUCGGUGGGUGCCCUUGGGAACCUGACGUUGGUGUUGGCCAUCAUCGUCUUCAUCUUCGCCGUGGUGGGCAUGCAGCUGUUUGGAAAGAACUACCAGGACUGCGUGUGUAAGAUCUCUCACGAUUGCCAGCUGCCUCGCUGGCACAUGAAGGACUUCUUCCACUCCUUCUUGAUUGUAUUCCGGGUGCUCUGUGGGGAGUGGAUCGAGACCAUGUGGGACUGUAUGGAAGUGGCUGGUCAACCUCUCUGCAUUCUGGUCUUCAUGUUGGUGAUGGUCAUCGGAAACCUGGUGGUGCUGAAUCUGUUCCUGGCUCUGCUACUCAGCUCCUUCAGCUGCGACAACCUCUCUGCCCCGGACGAAGACUGCGAUUUAAACAACAUCCAGGCGGCCAUCGCCCGCAUAUACUCCGGCAUCACCUGGCUGGCCGCAGUCAUCGCUGACCUCUUCAACCGGCUGCUGCGGCGCGAUCAGAAGAAGGCCAGGGAGGCCAAUCUGUCUGGCAAGCUGGCCGGUAACCAUGUGGAGAGCAAUGGAGGGAUUUAUGGACGCUACGGGGAGAAGUACAUCGUACCGGAGGGGGACAGCUACAUGACCAACCCCAACCUCACUGUCAUCGUUCCCAUCGCUCCUGGAGAGUCUGAUGUGGAGUUCCUGGAUGAGGAUGACAUCACAGACUCAUCUGAGGAUGAAGACCACAAAGAGAAGAUCAGCUUGUCAGAAGGCAGCACAGUGGACCUACGCAAGGCUGGAGAGGAGCUGGACACCUUAUCUGUCAUGGCAGUAGACUGCAUGGAGCCAGAAGAAUGCUUCCCUGAAUUUUGCAUUCGACACUGUCAGUGUUGUGAAGUGGACAUCACUCACGGUCUGGGCCAGGCCUGGUGGAGGUUAAGGAAGACCUGUUACCAGAUUGUGGAACACAGCUGGUUCGAGACCUUUAUCAUUUUCAUGAUCCUGCUCAGCAGCGGAGCUCUGGCUUUUGAGGACAUCUAUAUUGAGAAGAGGAAGGUCAUUAAAGUGGUGUUGGAGUACGCUGACAAGGUCUUCUCCUACAUCUUUGUGCUGGAGAUGUUCCUCAAAUGGAUCGCCUACGGAUUUAAGAAAUAUUUCACCAACUACUGGUGCUGGCUGGACUUCCUCAUCGUGGAUGUGUCUCUGAUAAGCCUGAUCGCAAACUCGCUUGGAUAUUCAGACUUUGCUGCCAUCAAGUCCCUGAGGACGCUGCGGGCCUUGAGACCUCUGCGAGCUUUGUCCAGAUUCGAAGGCAUGCGGGUGGUCGUGAACGCUCUGAUCGGAGCCAUCCCCUCCAUCAUGAACGUGCUGCUUGUGUGCCUCAUCUUCUGGCUCAUCUUCAGUAUCAUGGGCGUCAACCUAUUUGCCGGCAAGUUUGGGAAGUGUGUGAACAGAACCGGCUUCAUCCACAACGUCUCCAUCAUCAACAACAAGUCGGACUGUCUCGCCAUGAAUGACACGCAGUUCUACUGGACCAAAGUCAAGGUUAACUUCGACAAUGUGGGACUCGGCUACCUGUCUCUACUGCAAGUGGCGACGUUUAAAGGAUGGAUGGAAAUAAUGCACGCAGCAGUGGAUUCAAGAGGAGUGGAGGAGCAACCCAUCAGGGAGAUUAACCUCUAUAUGUACCUAUACUUUGUCGUCUUCAUCAUAUUUGGCUCCUUCUUCACCCUCAAUCUCUUCAUCGGCGUCAUCAUCGACAAUUUCAACCAGCAGAAGAGAAAGUUAGGGGGGCAGGAUAUUUUCAUGACGGAAGAGCAGAAGAAGUAUUACAACGCCAUGAAGAAAUUGGGGACCAAAAAGCCUCAGAAGCCGAUCCCUCGUCCUGCGAACGUUCUCCAGGCGUUUCUUUUCGAUCUGGUGUCCAAACAAGCGUUCGACAUCAUCAUCAUGAUGCUCAUCAUCGUCAACAUGGUGACCAUGAUGGUGGAAACGGAUGAGCAGUCCGACCGCAUGGAAUCCAUCCUCAACAAGAUCAACCUGGUCUUCAUCGUGAUCUUCACCACCGAGUGCAUGAUGAAGAUCUUUGCUCUGCGUUGCUACUUUUUUACAGUCCCGUGGAACAUCUUUGACUUUGUGGUGAUAAUUCUGUCUAUUGUGGGCAUCGUCCUCGCUGACAUCAUUGAAAAGUAUUUUGUAUCUCCGACUCUGUUUCGAGUGAUCAGGCUGGCCAGGAUCGGACGAGUCCUUCGACUGAUACGUGCCGCUAAGGGAAUACGGACGUUGCUGUUUGCCUUAAUGAUGUCCAUGCCAGCCCUCUUCAACAUCGGCCUCCUGCUCUUCCUGGUCAUGUUCAUCUAUGCGAUCUUUGGGAUGGCGAACUUUGCCUAUGUGAAAAAACAGGACGGAAUAGAUGACAUGUUUAACUUUGAGACUUUCGGAAACAGCAUGAUCUGCCUUUUCCAGAUCAGCACCUCAGCCGGUUGGGACAACCUCUUGAGCCCGAUAAUGUCCGGCUCCCCGGACGAGUGCGACGUGAACUAUGUCAACACUGGCACCAACACUCGGGGGAACUGUGGCAGUCCCUCAGUGGGCAUCGCUUUCUUUGUGAGCUACAUCAUUAUUUCCUUCCUCAUUGUGGUGAAUAUGUACAUAGCUAUAAUUUUGGAGAACUUCAGUGUGGCCACGGAGGAGAGCACAGAGCCGCUGAGCGAGGACGACUUUGAGAUGUUUUAUGAGGUGUGGGAGAAGUUUGAUUCUGAGGCCACGCAGUUUAUCGAGUUCUCAAAGCUGUCGAACUUUGCCGACACGCUGUCGGAACCGUUGCGUAUCGCCAAGCCCAACAAGAUCAAACUCAUCUCCAUGGAUCUCCCCAUGGUCAGUGGGGACCGGAUCCACUGCCUGGAUAUUUUGUUUGCCUUUACAAAGCGAGUUCUUGGAGAGUCUGGUGAGAUGGACGCCCUCAAGCAGCAAAUGGAAGAGAAGUUCAUGGUGACGAACCCAUCCAAGAUCUCACACGAGCCCAUCACAUCCACACUAAGACACAAAAUGGAAGAGGUGUCGGCCAUCAUCAUUCAGAGAUGCUAUAGGAGGCAUCUGGUGCGGCGGCAGAUGAAGCAGGCGUCGUACCUCUAUCGACAGAUCAACUACGAGACGGAGGUGGAUGUGGAGAAUGCUCCAGAGACCGAGGGGCUGAUCGCCUCCAUGAUACAGCACUACACCCCAGAGGGGGUGGAGCUCAUGCAGACCACAGAGGCCACGUCCAUGUCCUCACCACCUUCCUAUGACAGCGUGACGAGGGCAGCCAGUGACCUCUCAGAAGUCAUCCAGACAAUCUCCAGAAACUCUAGACUGGAUCCCAGUGAAAACUAUGAUGAAACAUUUCUUUGAGAUUUGACUGAGAGGAGCGUUUUGGAAUGAUUUUAUUUUGUAUUAUGCACAUUCAAAAGGUACAGAUGAUAUUUUAAGAAGUACAGCUAGAGUCUAGCACCUUUCAAUAUAUGUGCACCAUCACUACAUACAACUAAAAAUUCUUCAUCUGGGACCAAAAUAUCUGGUCCUAAAAACACUUAAACAAUCUUGACAAUAAUCGAACUGCCACACUGUCCUCUGAUUCAUAUUUUUAUAAAAUAUUGAAGUCACAUGAUAUUAAAUGGUAAUAAGAAGUAUAUUUUUAAUAUCUUGUGGAAGCAGUUUACUGAAGCAAACCAUUAAGAACAGUUAAAAUUAUGCAUUUUACAUACUAUGUUUGUGAUUCAAUAUGGCAGAUUAAAUAUCACAAGAUGUUAUCAGGCAAAGAAGGCGUUAUAAUGUUGAAAAUAAAUGAAUUAUUUCAAUUGCUGUUGAGAACUGAUCUGAAACAAUCCCCCUGGUGAUUUAUGGUGGCAUAAGAAAUAAUUUGUAAGUUGUAAACAUCUUCAUUUUAAAGGACUUCCUACUCCUUUAAAUCCACACCUUCUUGCUGGCUUCAUGCCACUUCAGGCUCUUAAAAAUAACCCUUUAUAUGCUGAUUUUUUUUUACAUCAGAAGGCAGUGUGGCCAGUAAAAUAGUUCAUAAAAUGGCAGAAUUUAAACUUUCUUCCCAGUUAAUAUUUGAAUAACACAGACUACAGGUUGUGUGUUUUAAUAAUCCUGAUUUAUGUGCCUACUAUUGAUCGUCCGCACACUUUUCUCAUUCUUAUUUGACCCGAUGGAUGUGGUCUGGAAGGGCACGGGCGCACUAAAAUUGCAUUUUGUAAGGAUGUUUGAGGAUGUAAAAAUGUAUUUUUAACUAUUUUUUGUAAUGUAUUUAUAUAAAGGGGCAGCCAUAACGACAUGAUCAGAUCAUAUCAACGUUCUGUGUUUGCUUUUAUAUCAGACUUUCCUUGAGAACCUGAUUGUCUGUACUGCUUUUAGGCCAAUCAUGAAUGUCUUUAUUAAA